AUGCUUGACGAAAACGAGAUGGGGAACUUAAUGAUAUAUGGCAUGAAGAAGGACACGGAAGAUAUUACAAUGGAGAAACUUGCUAAAAUAAUAAAAAGAAGCAAGUAUGUAGUUGCCUUGACAGGGUCUGGAACAUCAGCAGAAAGUAACAUACCAAGUUUUCGAGGUUCAAAUGAUUCUAUAUGGAGUAAAUAUGACCCCAAAAUAUAUGGAACUAUUUGGGGAUUUUGGAAAUAUCCAGAAAAAAUAUGGGAAGUAAUAAAAGACAUAUCAUCCGAUUAUGAAAUAGGAUUGAAUCCUGGACAUGUAGCUUUAUCAAAAUUAGAAAAUUUAGGAUAUUUAAAAUCUAUAAUUACACAAAAUAUUGAUGGAUUACAUGAAGAAAGUGGUAAUACAAAAGUAAUUCCUUUGCAUGGUAAUAUUUUUGAAGCCUUAUGCUGUACAUGUAAUAAAAUAGUACAAUUAAAUAAAAUAAUGUUACAAAAAACUUCGCACUUUAUGCAUCAAUUACCACCUGAAUGCCCAUGUGGUGGAAUAUUUAAACCAAAUAUUGUUUUAUUUGGAGAAGUUAUUUCAAAAGAUUUAUUAAAGGAAGCUGAAGAUGAAAUAACUAAAUGUGAUUUACUAUUAGUUAUUGGAACAUCUUCCACUGUAUCAACAGCUACUAAUUUAUGUUAUUUUGCCAGUAAAAAAAAAAAAAAAAUUAUUGAAAUAAAUGUAGAAAAAACAUAUAUAACGAAUAGAAUGUCUGAUUAUCAUUUACUCGCAAAGUUUAGUGAGUUAGCCAAUUUGAUCAAAAUAUUAAAAGAAGAAAAAUAA